UCCGCGUCCGCGCAGCACAGACAGCAGUGGGGCAAAAUGGACGAUAAGUUAAUAUUGGCUGUAUUUAAUUACCCAGAGCUUUAUAACAUCACUUUGCCGAACUACCGCUGCACGGAAAGUCGUGCGAACGCCUGGAGGAACAUCAGCAUGGGCCUGGGUCUGCCAUCCGAGGAAUGCAAAAGAAAAUGGAAGAACAUGAGAGACAGGUACCUGAAGGAAAUCCGGAUGGAGAUCAAGAGCAAGAAGCAAGGAGAAAUCAUCCAAAGCAGAUGGAAAUACAGGCAGCUUAUGAAUUUCAUCGCGCCCUUCACUGGCUCCAGAAGCGGCGUGGCGGACAUCUGUGGCAACAAUGACGACGACCACGACAACCCCGAAAACGAAACGGGCGGCGCGGAGGGAGAAACCGCUUUGCCGGAAGCAGUGAAGGCGCCACAGAAUCUCACCAAGGUCCCCGUCAGUCCACCUGACCUGAAGCCCCAGGUGGCCUUUGUCACUCAGCUCCCUCCGGCGUCUCAGGACACACAGAUGGCCCAGCUGGCUGUUCUGGCCAAGAUGCCAUCCGGCCCACAGAUCACCCCCGCCAGCAACACUGGACGUAAGCGGCGGCUGAUGCAGGAUCCGCUGCCGCCGCCGCCGCCGCCUUCCUCUCAGAGUACAACCUUGCCGACAAAAUGGCUGGUCAAAGACGGUGUCAACUCGUGUCCCACCAGGCCGCGGGACGAGGACGAACUGUUUCUGCUGAGCUUUGUUCCUGCUCUGAAGCGGCUCGCUCCGCAGAAGAGGUGCGAGACAAAAAUAAAGAUCCAGCAGAUCAUGUACGAAGCAGAGUUCAACAUUGCACAGCCGGAAUCUCACGAGAAGAAGGAGACGGAGACGCCAAACUAAUCUAAAGUGACUUUUUUUUUUUUGUACUUAAUUCUGUUUUUCUAAAAGCCUCUUCCACAAAAUGACCAAAAUGUCUAUUUUUCUUCCUUUGCAGCACAAAAGUGGUUGAGAACUAUUUUUCAUGUAAAAUAUUGUUUGGUGUGUCUCGAUUUGUGUAUUUAUUAGACAAGUAAGACUUGUUUGGCGACAGAGUAUCGAUAGAUUUACACCUUCAUAGAAAACAAGACAGACAAUGAUUAACUCUUUCAUUUACAUAGCUUUACUGUCAAUAGAGCGAAUUGACAUUUAGAAAAGUCGUUUCAUGUUCAGUGAAUCAAACUUCAUUUUAACUCUGUAUUAAUCUACAGUAUUUUACAUUUAAUUACAGUGACAUCAAAGAAAUUCAGCAAAAUAAAACGAUUUUGCAGUUUGGAAAGGAAACACUGUUUCAUAAAUUUAGUCAGUUUCAACGGCUUACAUGCAUCAUAAACACAUUGCUUUUCAAUCUUAUCUAAAAUAAAGAGAAAAAUGUCAGUCUGGUAGCAUCUUGAUUGCUCAAAAUGUCUGGAGAAAUUUGGUAACUUUUGAUGUGCAAUUUGUAAAAAGCAGGUACAUCUGAAUGGAGAAAAAAAACAUUCUUAGUCAUUAAGUCCAAAAUCACUUCCUGACAGGUGACAAAUUAAAGGAAAAAGGAAAAACUGAACCCCUACAGACUCUGCUGUGAUGUGGGGGAGCAUUUUCCUGACACAGUCUGGACAUAUUGAUCACUCCUAGUCAAUGCAAAGUUGCUCCGAGUGAUCACCUUUAUCAUAUGGUGAAAUAUUUACUUCCUGGUGGGAGUGGCCUCUUCCAGGAUGACUAUCAACGUCAAC